UCCGAUUCCAAAAUUCAAAAUCGAAGCCUCUCUCUCUCUCUCUCUCUCUCUCUCUCUAGCUCCGGCAACCACCACGAACUCAUGGCGGCUAACGAUGAAACCAUUGAAAUGCUCACUGAAAAGUUCAAUCAAUUCGUCAUUCACUGCAACAAUUCCAAUCCAUCCUCAGAACCUAACAUGGCAGAUAAAGCUUCUGAACUAGACAAUGCAUCACUGCAAUUGAAUGAGCUCACUGACAACACGGAUGAGAAUAGUAUGUCGAACGAGAUCCAUGAAAUUUCUCCUGAUCAAGGUCACACACUCCCAAUUUUGAAGAAAAUUCUUGACUUGAGUACUGAAGUUCAGAAUUUGAAGAAACAACAUGCAGCCCUUUCUGAUCAAGUGAAACUAGCAACUGAAUCAUUUCCUGGCCUAGAGGUUAUCAAGUCUGUUAAGCUUCUGGAGUCAGAAAAUUAUCUUUUGAAAAGAAAGUGCCUGGAGGAGUCUUUGGAGCGUAAGCGCCUUUACAAUGAGGUUAUUGAACUCAAGGGAAAUAUCAGAGUUUUCUGCAGAUGCAGGCCAUUGAAUCAAAGUGAAGUUGCAAAUGGAUCAGCGGUAUCUGUUGCCAAUUUUGAGUCAUCUCCUGAGGAGCUACAAGUCAUUUGCUCUGAUUCUUCUAAAAAGCAAUUUAAAUUUGAUCAUGUAUUCAGGCCUGAAGAUAACCAAGAGGCUGUUUUUGCGCAAACAAAGCCUGUUGUUACAUCAGUGUUAGACGGGUUUAAUGUUUGCAUUUUCGCAUAUGGCCAAACUGGUACUGGCAAGACUUUUACUAUGGAGGGAACACCAGAGCACAGGGGAGUUAACUAUAGAACCCUGGAGGAAUUAUUUCGGAUAUCUAAAGAGAGACAAGGAAUGAAAUAUGAAUUGCUUGUUAGCAUGUUGGAGGUUUACAAUGAGAAGAUAAGAGAUCUCUUGGCAGAAAAUGUUUCUGAACCUUCUAAGAAGUUGGAAAUAAAGCAAGCUGCUGAUGGAACCCAAGAUGUCCCAGGAAUUGUUGAAGCUCAUGUUUAUGGAACAGAAGAUGUUUGGGAAAUGCUGAAGUCUGGAAACCGAGUCAGAUCUGUUGGAUCCACCGGUGCAAAUGAACUUAGCAGUCGUUCUCAUUGUUUGUUGCGAUUAACUGUAAUGGGGCAUGAUCUAAUCAAUGGCCAGAGAACAAGGAGUCACCUUUGGCUAGUAGACUUAGCUGGCAGUGAGCGUGUGGGAAAGACUGAAGCUGAAGGAGAAAGGCUAAAGGAAUCUCAAUUCAUAAAUAAGUCUCUGUCAGCACUUGGUGAUGUUAUUUCAGCACUUGCGUCCAAAUCAGCACACAUACCUUACAGGAACUCAAAGCUCACUCAUCUACUUCAGAGCUCUUUAGGAGGAGAUUGCAAAACUCUAAUGUUUGUCCAGAUAAGUCCAAGUACAGCAGACUUAACAGAGACCCUUUGUUCACUGAAUUUUGCCACCCGUGUUCGAGGAAUUGAGUGUGGUCCAGCUCGCAAGCAAGCAGACCUCACUGAGGUUAAGUGCAAGCAAAUGGCAGAAAAGCUCAAACAGGAUGAGAAGGAAACUAAGAAAUUGCAAGAUAACUUGCAGAACAUGCAAAUGAGACUAGCUACAAGAGAAUUCAUGUACCGAAAUCUUCAAGAAAAGGUUCGGGACCUUGAGAACCAGAUUGCAGAGGAGAGAAAAACCAGACUAAAGCAAGAAAGCAGAUCACUUGCUGCUGUUUCAGCUCAACCUUCAACGAUGUCAUCGGCAAAACCCACAGCAGCUGAGAAAGCCACAAAGAAGCCACCACUGAAUCCUUCUAAAAGACCACCGUUGAGAAGAAUUACUAAUUUCUUGCCUCCACCAUCUGAGAGAAAGCCCUCCUGUAGCUCUUCCAUGGAUAGAAAGGAAAAUAUUGCAAGAACGACCUCAAUGAGGACAAGUACAGAAGUCAUAACGAAACCAAGAAGAAGGGUUUCCAUCGCUGAGAGACCACCACCAGCACCAGCACCAGCACCAGCACCAUCCAAAGUCCUUCUUCAGCCUAGAAGGCGAAUUUCCAUAGCUACACUCCAUUCUGCCACAACUUCUGACGUGGCAAGUCCUCUCCGUUCCUCUGCCUCUCAGGCCAUUGGUGGAAGUGGCGUUCAGCAAUCAAUGAUAAGGAACCAGAGGAAGCCUCGGUAUUCAAGCUUGUUUGCCCCAGCGCCAGCAUCAGUUGAGACCUCGCCGACUUUGAUGAGGAACAGCAGUAAGUUUGCCGGCAGUCCAACGCAGGCAGAUUCCCAGGUGGCGAGGCAUCCAACUGUCCUUGCACUGCAGCGCAAAUAUUUAGUAUGGAGUCCUCUCAAGCUGAGAGGCCUGAAAAAUAGCAGAAAGACAUCACUCUUGCCAUCUCGGCCUUCCACUGAAAUGCAAUGAUCUUUGUUUUCUCAGUAGCAUAGAUGCUCAUAUUUGGAACUAAUCCUUAUAUUUUGAUAAAAUUCAAAUGCUUAUAUCAAGCCCUUGAGUUUAAAAUUCAAACAAAAUAAUGUUCAUGAGCUGCUUUUAUGAAUUCGUUUUCCUUUGCUUAUCCCAAGUUUCUAACUCAUGUGUUUGGUUCAUUGUUCAAUCAAAAUCUCUGAUGCUGUGUCACUAGUUUAUCUUUUUCUCAUUCAUGUACUUCAGGUUUGAAAUGAAUAAAAAUGUCCUAAAAGCA